AUGCAAUUAACCAAUUGGAUUCUCAGGAUGCGUGAAUGCAUUAGCCUACAUGUUGGUCAAGCUGGUGUUCAGAUGGGCAAUGCCUGCUGGGAAUUGUACUGCUUAGAGCAUGGUAUUCAGCCCGAUGGACUUUUGCCUGGAGACAAGUCCAUGGGAGCUGAGGAUGAUUCAUUUAACACCUUCUUUAGUGAGACCGGGUCUGGCAAACACGUACCGCGUGCUGUUUUUGUCGAUCUGGAACCUACUGUUGUUGACGAAGUCCGUACUGGCACUUAC